AGUACUAUAUAAUUAUCGCCAACAAUGCCGUACAAGUUUAGCUUCCUCUUUUGUCAGAUUCGGUAAACGUCAACGACUCGGACCGAGUCAGAAAACCUGACUCACCAAUUUUUUAGCGAGACGGAGGGAGCGAGUCCGAGAAUCUCGUCAGUCUGACUCUCUCAUUGUCAAUCUAGUGCAUCUGUUCUUCUCGGCUCAUUCUCCAGGGUUUUGAGCAGCGAAAAUGAGCUCAGUUGUGCAGGGUUUCACCAAGUCGCUUGCCAUGACCGUUCUCUCGGAGAUCGGCGACAAGACCUUCUUCGCUGCCGCGAUCCUAGCUAUGCGCCACCCGAGGAGACUUGUGUUGUCUGGCUGCCUUUCAUCUUUAAUUGUCAUGACUAUUCUUUCAGCUGUUGUUGGCUGGGCAGCUCCUAAUCUGAUCUCACGGAAACUGACUCAUCAUGUGACAACAUUGUUGUUCUUUGGGUUUGGGUUAUGGUCUUUGUGGGAUGCCUUCACUGGGGAAGGAGAGGCUGAAGAAUUGGCAGAAGUUGAGGCAAAAUUGGAUGCUGAUUUUAAGGCCAACACAGGAACCACUAAGACUAAUAGUAAGGAUGUUGACGAAAUAAAAAAGCAGAAACAGCCGUUGCUCGCACAAUUCUUUUCACCUAUUUUUUUGAAGGCAUUUUCUAUUACUUUUUUUGGAGAAUGGGGUGACAAGAGCCAGCUAGCUACCAUCGGUUUAGCUGCAGAUGAGAAUCCAGUUGGUGUGGUUCUUGGUGGAAUUAUAGGACAAGCAUUGUGUACUACUGCAGCUGUCCUUGGCGGAAAGAGCUUGGCAUCUCAGAUAUCUGAGAAAAUAGUUGCUUUAUCAGGUGGUGUUCUUUUCAUUGUUUUUGGAUUGCAAUCGUUCCUAUCAACAGUUGGGUCAUGAUGUCGAUGGGAUCGACCGAUGGUUAGAUGAUCCAAAGAAAAUGCACUAGAAAAUCAUUGUCAGAGUUUUCUUGUUAUUUACUGGUGCAAGAGCUUCGAAAACACCACAAAUAACCUUAUGCUUGCAAGAACAAAGCUGUAUUUUAUUGUCGGCACCUCAGGGAAUCAUUAAUCAGAUGUUGCUCGUGCCAAUUUGAUCCCUGUUGUCUGCGGUUCUAAUAAUGCGGAAUUUGGAUAAAGCAAUGGUAUAUUUUAGACUGGCGAUUUUGACGCAUAUUUUUCUGCUAACUUCCAUGGACCCCAUUCCUCCUCCCUCUCCCCCCCAUCCAUCUACCCUUUUCAUACGACAUUCAGAUAUUAAAUUUAACGGAAUAUUUGUGAAA